GUUGCCAGAAGCGUGUGUCAAUUUCGAACAUCUGAGUGUGACAGUGGUUAAUUGUUGCUUUUAAAACUAGACAAAGCUAAAAUACCGAAAUGUCGUUUCUACUAGCGUCCACUCUAACAAAAUGUCUCCAUUCUAUAUUUCGACGAAGAUAUUCAAGUAUAACAACUUUAAACCCACCGCUCGUAUUCUCUGAAGAAGUCCUUCAAGCGAAGUCUGAAGGAAAGCCCAUCGUAGCUCUGGAAUCUACAAUUAUAACGCACGGAAUGCCUUACCCGCAAAAUUUACAAACAGCUCAAGAAGUGGAAAACAUAAUAAGGAGAGUUGGUGCAACGCCUGCUACUAUAGCGAUCCUCAAAGGACAACUAACAGUAGGUCUGACACAACAGCAGCUGCAGUACCUAGCACAAGCUAAGGGCGUAGUGAAAACUUCACGGAGAGAUCUCGCGCCAGUGAUGGCCGGCUGUCAGGAUGGCGCUACUACCGUCGCAGGAACCAUCAUAGCUUCAGAGCUGGCAGAUAUCGACGUCUUUGUUACUGGCGGUAUAGGCGGAGUACACCGGGAAGGUGAACUAACAAUGGAUGUCUCAGCAGACUUAACCGAAUUGGGUCGCAGCCGCACUUUAGUUGUUUGCAGCGGAGUGAAGUCCAUUUUAGACAUCGGGAGGACACUAGAAUACUUGGAAACUCAUGGUGUGACAGUCUGUGCCUUUGGUGCCACUGACGACUUUCCGGCGUUCUAUACAACACGGUCGGGCCACCGCGCGCCGCACCGCGCCGCAGAUGCGCCGCACGCCGCCCGCAUCCUACACGCUGCGAGACAAUUGCGGCUACAAUCAGGCAUCGUUGUUGCUGUGCCCGUGCCCCAGGAACAUGCUAUGGAAGAAAAUGUUAUAGAGGACUCAAUAGAACAGGCUUUGAAGAAUGCUAAGAGAGCAGGAAUCCAGGGGAAGGAAGUUACACCGUACAUACUCGCCGCCGUUGCCAAAGCCACCGGAGGUGCUUCCCUCAGCACAAACAUUGCUCUAAUAAAAAACAACGCAAAAGUGGGCGCCGAUAUAGCCGUCGAAUUUCAGAAACUGAAAAAUGUGAACAACGCACGAAAUUCCUUUAAUAGCGGAUCCUCCGGGAAUUUGGGGACGAGACAAUUUCAUACUGCAUGCAAUUUACGCGUUGAAAAGUCCGUUCGUGGCGAGAAAGUCGGCUCCUUUAUCAAAAACGAGAAUUCGACAAAUCCAGUGCUGGUGAUUGGUGGAGCAAACGUCGACAGAACUUACAGAGUUACUGAAGAUCUUGUACAGUUGGACGGUAGUACACAUCCGUGUGUGACGGAGCAGUGCGGGGGCGGCGUUGGGCGUAACAUGGCGGAGGCGCUGUGGCGACUCCGCGGAGGCAAUGCGCGCCUUCUCACUGCUAUCGGCGAUGACUCGGACGGACGAUAUUUGGCAGAGAUAGCACCUGGACUAUUGCUUGACGGGUGUGUGGUGAAAAACGCACGGACCUCAAUGUACUCAGUGCUCUUCGACUCGAAAGGCGAAUGUCUUUUAGGUCUCGGCGACAUGGAUAUUCAUAAUCAAAUAACAACUCAAAUGGUGGACAAACAUAUUGAAACAUUGGAAAGGGCACCUUUAGUGGUAUUGGACGGCAACGUGCCUCAAACUACAAUGGACUAUGUGCUGCAAUUGUGCCAUGAACUGAACAAACCAGUUUUUUUUGAACCUACUGACAGAAGAAAAGCCGCGAAAAUUCUACAUUCAAAACAUUACAAAAUUUCAUAUUCGUCCCCAAAUAUAAUGGAAUUACGGACCAUGGCAAAGUUUCUAGAACCAAAUAUUACAAUUGAUGAAGCAUCUGAUAUUAAUGAAAUAAUCAAUCUCUCAAAGAUUGUAACUCAAUUUAUUAAGGUACUGAUUGUUACAAUGGGCAAGAAAGGCAUUAUCACUGUUACCCAAGCUUCUGAACCUGAUAAUGCAAGGGAAGAAAAACUGAAUGUAUGCUAUUAUGCAGUUGAAGAACUAAAUAAUGUUGAAAAUGUAUCAGGAGCUGGAGACUGUUUUGCUAGCGGGUAUAUUCAUGGUGUUUUAUCAUGCUUUCAAGAAUCUCUCUGUGUAUCCAUAGGAUUUGAAGCAGCUAAGUCGGCUCUAAUGAGCAAAAGUACUGUACCCCAUAGUUUUCAAAUAUCAGGAAAUAUUUCAGAAUGUUUUUCUAAUCAAACAAGAUUUGCAAGUUAGAGCAUUAAA